AUGCCUCGACUCACUGCAAGCCCAGCAAGGUCGAGCGCGAUCAGCGCAUCUCCAGGGAAAGCUUCGGAGAACGCGUCGGUCUGGCCUGUACAGCUUCGAGAUAGAGGCGUCAGUCGAUCGUCACUCGCAGCCAGCUCGCUUGUCGGUCGCAAGAAGCUUUCCUACGUUCCCAUUCGGCAGCUUGACUUUGAGGACGUCUCGUACUUCAUCGAUUUCGCCUUUCUUGCCGACGAACACAGUCGAUCACAUGGCAACGGCAUUCACUCGACCUCAGAGGAUGCCGAAUCCGGUGUAUACAGCAAGCGAAAGCGAUCAGCUUCCGAUCCGGAUCAGCUGGGCGGACCAUCUACCUUCAAACGAAAAGGCAAAGAGGUACCAGCGGAUCGCGACUUUCGAGAUCGCUCAGCGUUCAUCGACACUUGCUGCGUCUUUCGCAUCAGGGCGCGCGAAGCGAGCGACACGGACGUCGUUCUCGCAAUCAAGCAAACGCUUGACGAUACCACUUCACAAAAACGAGAUUCCACCACCGACCUCAGUUUCUCCGUCUCUACCACCUCAUCAGCACGCCCUCACGACAGCAUCAUAACACACACUAUUCAUCUGCGCGAUCGCAGUACAGAUAGACUGGUCGCUGACUUGCCUGUACUGAGCAGCACGGGCAUUAGCGAGGGCGAGGCUGCAGAAGCUGGCAAACUCACCAACGGAGAAUGGCUUGCUUCCCUGUCCAACUUGUUGGCAAUGCAAGGGGACGAUCUGCGUGCCUCUUUUGCUUUGCAAGUGCUGUCGCCUCCAUCCGACUUUCCUUCUGAUCGAGUCACCGCUGGGACACUCUUCCUUAAGAUUUCCAUACAAGUCGAGGUGGCCAUCUCGACAAAUGCCGGCGGAACAUUGGCCCGCGACAGAAUGCUGGACAUGGCUGCCCUCGUCCACUUUGCCGACGAGCAUCCCGAUCCUGUCACACGGACAGAAGAUAUUGAUGCCAGCUUCGUCUAUCAGAACCUCCGUCCGGCAUCGCUCAAAGCACCGGGCGCUAUUCAGCACCCUGACCUUGAGCCAACGUUGCUUCCCUUCCAGCAACGCUCCGCUGCGUUCGUACUCGGUCGCGAGGGCAAGGUCAUCGACUCAAGCGGAGACCUUAGCGACACCCACGUCAUCAUCGGUCACGAUGGGCCGAGCAGCGUAGGACUGUGGUGGAAGCAAGUCAGCACAGACCUGUACUACAACUGGAUCGAGUGUCGCUUCGUUCGGGAUCCCAGCCUCACUCUGCGCAGCAACUUCAAAGGCGCGAUGCUUGCAGAAGAGAUGGGUCUCGGAAAGACGGUCGAGGCGGUGGCUCUCAUCUUGCUCAACCCAGACCCUGAUGCCGCUACGCGAUCUGGAUGGUACGACGAGCGCAACGAGAUUGACGUGGUGCCCACCAAGACCACUCUGAUCGUCGCGCCUGAAACACUGCGUGCACAGUGGAUCGAGGAGAUCGGACGUCACGCGCCUGCCCUUGCUGUCUACUCUUAUCAAGGCAGAACGAAGGCAGAAAAGGAUGUCCCAGAUGGACUCACCUGGCAAACAUGGGCACAACGCUUCGAUGUCAUGGUGACCUCGUAUAGCACGCUCGGCAGCGAACUCAACACUGCCAAGACUGCGCCGGAGCGCUCUCGACGUCACGAACGAAAGUACGAUCGUCCACGGAGCCCACUUGUCAAGCUGCACUUCCAUCGAGUCCUGAUGGAUGAAGUGCAGAUGAUCGGCAACUCGAAUGCUGCAGAGACGGUGGCGAUGAUCUCGCGCGGGUCCUCCGUCGCCGUGUCGGGCACGCCGGUCAAGAAAAUCAAUGAUCUAAGAUCCUGCUUCCGGUUUCUGAGGGUCCCUGGCCACAUGGCGAAUCCUUCCGAAUGGAAGAGCAUGAUGCAUCCACUGCUGGCUCCAGCGCUGGUUCGUGUGCUUCGGACCAUUGGCACCCGUCACACCAAGGCACAGGUGGCUGCAGAAAUGUCCUUGCCCCUGCAGACUCGUACCGUGGUCCCGAUCGACUUCACCUCCAUCGAAGCUGCUUUCUAUGCAGACCUUUGGAACAAGGCUUUGACGGAGAUCGCAUACUCACAGGAAGGCGAAGCUCAGACUCCCAACCAGCAUCCCGACAUUGCCAAAAUGCGCCACCACCUUUUACUCCUGCGUCAGGCUUGCACUCAUCCAGAGGUCGCUGUGCAGCUGCGCCAAGGUACGGUCGGGUCCAAAAACCUGCGCAGCAUCGACGAGGUGCUCGAGCUGAUGAUCGACUCGACCAAAGCGGAAUUACACAGCCGUCGAACGCAUUGGUUCGACCGACGCAUUCAUCGAAACAUCCUCACCCUCUACCGCCGCGAGGAGGAUCAGCGUAUCCUGGCGGCAUCACAGCUGAGCGAUGUCGAGAAAGAGAUCAACCAGGACGUGCUCGUGCUGGAGCAAGAGAUCCACGAGGCCGCCAGAGCGGGCCCGCUGUAUCGAUUCACAGAAGAGGAGUUGGAGCUGGAGCAGAAAGAGACCAUGCGCAGAAAGCGGCUAGGACUGGACGAUGUCAACGCGCAGCAUGGUCAAGAUGUCGACGGGGCCUUCGAAGCCUUUGCAGGCGACCUUCAAGCCUACCUUGCCCUCAAAGACAAGCAAAAGACCAGAGCGAGCCACAUCACGCAGCUCAAGGCGCAGCUGCGCAACCUGCUCAUGAAGCUACAUCGGCUGCUUCAGUUCGUUGGCAAUCUCUACUUUCAGCGCGGAGAGUACCUCGACGAGCAAGAGAAAGCUGUCGCGGAACAGAACAAGCCAACGACCGCGGCAGUCGCUGCGGAUGGCGAAUCUGUCAAGGCGGAGACCGACCUAAUCCUCAUGGACGAGGUAAAAGCCGCAACUGUGCCAGUCGAGACCAGCCUUCCUGACACAAGGGACGAGGCAGUCGCCGACAACAAGGACAACGUCCUAUCGCUUCCCGUAAGAGCGACGAUGAGCCCGGCACGUCAAGCCCUCAAGGACCAAGAAGAUGCUGCGUACGCCAAGGCCGAAAAGGUACGGCAGCGUUUGCUCGUUGAAGCGGGUGAAUCUGUUCAAUCGGCUGUCGCCAAGCUUCGUCGCGAUCAGCUCCCUCUGACCUUGGACGCCGUCCGAGCAUCUCAUGAUCUCUUCGAGGGCGGCGGAGGCAUUCUCUCCUCCGAGUCAUAUGACACGUUGGCUGGCAGCGUCAGGCUGCUCAACCAGCACGCCGAGGUCCUUUUCGCUUGGCGCGAGAACAUCAUCGCUCGACUGGUGCGAGCCGUUAAUCGCGAUGUGAGCCUCGAGCGCGAAGACGACGACCAGUAUCAGGAGAACCUCGACACGCAAGCAGAAGCCGAAGUGCUUCUCGAGAUGUACCGCCCUCUGUUGUCGGAACGCGAGAAGAUGCUGAAAGGGAACGUCGCUGUUGGUGCGACCGACAAGCCGCUGCUCUACAAAGAGAUCGAGGCGGCGGUACGAGUUGCCCGCCAGAACCAACUCAGAGGCAUCGUGCCGGAGGAAGGCACGGACGAGGAACUCCUGCGCGUGCAGCAGCAGCAACUCGAGCAGUUCAAGAAGCUCGAUCAGGAGCGAAAGUCCGUUUCCCUCGCCAGCACCUCUGCAUCGUUUCAGAGCGAGGCCGAGAAUCUCAAGACCAUGCGCGACAACACUCUGAGCGCCGAGGAGGGACUGCUCGCUAGACAAGCCUAUGUCGAGGCGAGGCGCAUCAUCAACGAGCAGAACAAGCACCUCGAAAGGCUGCGAAGCGAGGAGAAGCUGCUCAUCUCGCCACUCUUCAACGCGCGCAGUCGGUACUUCAAGGAGAUCCAGGUGCUCUCCGACACAGUGCGCGAUCCUAUCUUCAUGGACCUGGAGAAGACCAUCCGGGCCACUCAGGUAGAGGAAGCGGACUUGGUCACCAAGGUGGACGAGCUUGAAAGGCGGUUGCGAUACCUGACUCAUUUGCAGAUGGUGCAGUCGGCGGAUCAAAUGGACGAAGCAGCCAGGACAUGUCACAUCUGCACCGAUCCCAUUAAGAUCGGCAUUCUCACCGACAAGUGCGGACAUGUUUGCUGCGAGGACUGUUGGAAAGAAUGGCAGUCGCAGGGAUACCGCACCUGCGUUCUGUGCCAGACACGGGUACUGCCAAGAGAAGUCCAUCGCAUCGUCUACGAUAGUCCUCGGAACUCGACUCGAGAUGGACAAGUUGGAUCGACUCUUGGCACCUCGGAUCCUUCGUUGCCGCAGACCGACAGUACGGAUUCCUUGGCACUCCGCUUCCACGACCUCGACGAUUCGCUGCGGUCUGCUCUGAAUGGAGCAGCCACGCAAGGCCGUUUCGGCUCCAAGAUCGACCAUGUCACCAAACACGUGCGGCUCAUUAUCGACCGCACAGGGGAGAAGUCGAUCAUCUUUUCGUCCUUUUCCAAAGGUUUGGACGUCAUUGCUCAGUCUCUUACAGCGAAUGGGAUCCGCUUCGUGCGCAUCACUGGACAGGGCAAGUCGGCCAGCGAGGCUGCUCACCUCUUUCGUAGCAAGACCGACGUCCAUGUUAUGCUACUCCAUUCGGAAGCGCAAAGCGCGGGACUCAACCUGAUCGCCGCCUCGCACAUCCACAUCCUCGAGCCGUUGCUCAACACGAGCAUCGAGCUCCAGGCCAUCGGCCGAGUGCAUCGAAUCGGUCAGACGAAGGAGACGCAUAUUUGGUGCUACUACGUCAAGGACACGGUGGAGGAAAGGAUUCUUGCCCUGUCGGCGUACAAGGGACAGAGCCUUUACCUCGAGGGACGUCACAUGAGUGCAGCAGAUGGAGCACAUACGCUCGAGGCAUCAGCGGCUUCGUCGUCUCCGUCCAGCGCUUCCGCGGCCGAGCUUUCGCGAGAAGAUGCCAAGAACUGGUCGGCGUUCGGCCAGGGCAUCACUGGAGGCGCUCGAGGUACGAUGCGAACCGAUGCGACGAGCAACAGCGCCGAGCUGCUCGCUUGCUACUUUGCUCGAUACUUGCCGCAAAAUGGUCGUAGACCAGUCGUUGGUACGCGAAAAGUUGUCGACAAUCUAAACAGCGGAGGCGGCACGGAGACAGACGUACAGAUGGCCGAGCCGACUGCCCCAACUACCAAUGGCACGACGGCUGCGGAAGAGGAGAACGAGCUGACGAAACUUCGGAGGGCAAGAAUAGCUGCGCUGGAGCAAAGGCAGGCUGGUCACUAG